GGGUACAAUUCCCAAUUGGCAUACUAUUAACUGUAGAAUAAAAAUGGCACUAAAACGCAUUCACAAGGAACUUGCUGAUCUCACCAAGGACCCACCUACAAACUGCAGUGCAGGUCCUGUUGGCGACGACAUGUUUCAUUGGCAAGCCACUAUCAUGGGGCCACAUAACAGUUUAUACCAGAAUGGUGUCUACUUUUUGAAUAUUCACUUCCCCAGCGACUACCCAUUUAAGCCACCAAAGGUUGCAUUUACCACUAAGGUAUACCACCCUAACAUUAACAACAACGGUGCGAUUUGUCUUGAUAUACUGAAGGACCAAUGGAGUCCUGCUCUUACGAUUUCUAAGGUUCUUCUUUCUAUAUCUUCGCUUCUAACGGAUCCUAACCCAGACGACCCUCUGGUUCCAGAGAUAGCGCAACUGUAUAAGCAAAAUCGCAAACUUUAUGAGUCGACAGUUAGGGACUGGGUGCAGAAGUAUGCUACUUAAUCCUUUACUACCACCACGGCAUCUGGUAUUAUUAGGCGCUUAUUGAAGGCACGUGGGUACAAUAGAAUAAGAGUCUGAUUAACAUCUCCAUUGGCG